UGCUUGGAUAUUGCAUUUGUGGAGCUUGUGUACUGCCUUCCGGGGUGUAAGGUGGAGGCAGUGCGGAGGUGGCUUGGGUUUGUGGUCUUGGGUAGUGGAUUGAGCACAAUGGUGAUGGUGGAUUUGGGUGGUUUUUUGGGUUCUUGGUUUUGGUUUGUGGUGCCAGUGGGCGCUAUGGUGAAUAGGGGUCGUUGA